AUGGCAAGCGUCGCAGACCUAGAGCAGCAGGCCGCGGACACGCGGGCGGCGGGCGGCGAUGGCGCGCUCCUGUCGGGCAUCCUGUGUGACCUGGCUGACCUGAAAAUGGGCAAGGGGGAGGUGGAGGCGGCGCAGGAGCUGCUGCAGGAGGCCUACCAGCUGCGCAAGGACGCCAUUGAAGGCGCCGCAGCGGCGCCGCCGG